AUGUUCAUACCAAGCGUUAUCCUUCAACUGGCCGUUGUGGUCUUCCUGCCGAUCACGACUACCGCUCAAUUCACUACCUCUCUCCUGAACCGCAACACCGAACCAACCCUCAAACACCGUGAUCAAAUCCAAGGUCUGAACACCGCCACAGCUCCCAUGGGCCCCAAGCCAUCCCCAACCAAGACCUCGCUGACAUCUCCUGACACCGUUCUCGCCCGCGAAUUCGGAUAUGCGACUCCUUCGUUCAUCGCGACGGACUGCAAAAAUUCCAAAUACCAUAACAAGGUGCCCCCGAACCCGGACUGGUUCCCGGCCGACGGGCAAGGGGCCCUAGAAGGCAUUCAAUACCUCAAGACCGACCCGAACCUGUCCAAGUUCAAGUGGACGCCGUCGCUCCAGGGCAUGCCCGGGACCGGGCCCAGGGUGUGUGGACGGGUGUUCUGCGACAUGAAGACCAACACCAGCAUCUACUGGUGUAAUAGCAAUAUUUUACCGACCACGUUGGACAGCCCCUGGCUGAUUGGGACGGCGGCUAACACCCUCUAUAAUGAUGAUAAUUGUUGGGAAAAUCGCAACCGAAUUGGCAGACCGGGUGGGCGGCUCAAGGGCGAGAUUUGGACGGACAGUUUCUGGAGCGUCUUUAUUAGGCAUGAGUACUGUUGGAGGCUGCAAGAGGUGAACAAUUGA